AUGGGCUCCGGCCCCAUCGACCCCAAGGAGCUCCUGAAGGGCCUGGACUGCUUCCUGGGCCGUGAUGGCGAGGUCAAGAGCGUGGAGGGCAUCACCAAAAUCUUCAACUUAAUGAAGGACUCGCAGAAGAUGGUGAGUCGCUGCAUCUACCUGAACAUCCUGCUGCAGACGCGGGCGCAGGACAUCCUGGUGAAGUUUAUCCGCAUCGGAGGUUACAAGCUGCUCAACACCUGGCUCACCGGUUCCAAAGCCUCCAACAAUGUCCCGUUCCUGCAGCAGAUCCUCCUCACCCUGCAGCACCUGCCCCUCACUGUCGACCACCUCAAACAG